GCCGCCCUGCCGGGAAGGGCUCCAGGUAAUGCUCCUCGGUGACAGCUUGGCUCCUAGUGGGGCUGUGCGGCCCCGGCCAGCCUGGCUGUGCCCGUGGCACUUGCACGGGGGGAGGAGGGCGGGCAGCAGUGCCUGAGAACACGUUCUGGGGCCGCUGCGUUGCUCAUGCAGGUGCUGGCCCUGCAGUGUUGCCAACGUGGGUGAUUUUAGUGUGAGCCUCAUGGUAUUUGGUGUGUUCUUAAAGCGCCAGCUCCUGGAGUCAAGUGACUACUCAGCAGCUUGCCUUUCUUUAACAAACCCAGCAAGUGUCCUGCCCUGCUGGGGGUGGGGCAGCGCCUGGAAACAAGCCCCAACGGCAGUCCACAGCUGCAGUGGCUGGGCCUUGACGUAGGCACAUUUCAAUCAAACUCAGGCCGCGAAUCCAGCUGGGCUCUUGUGUCAUCCAUGGCCCCCGCCCGGCUUUCUCGCCUGACCCCGAGUGGUCCCCAGGGGGUACUUGGCAGGCCCGCUACGCCGCACACAGCUAACCCUGCUCUUACGUCAGCGGGGCUCCAUCUGCAGCGUUUGACAGCCCGCAGGCUGACAGGCAGGGCAAGCCUGGGGGUGGGGCAUGCACCGUGAUAGCCCCAGGCCUGGGCACAGGGUUUUCCCACCGCUCCUCACACAGAGGUUCAGGCCCAUGUUUGUUCCUGGGCACAGGCCCAUUGGAGCCGCAAUCACUGGCUCCUCUAGCGGAGGGACUUGGGCCCCCUCACCUAGGCCAAGUCGGUUUGGUUUCAAGGGCUGAUCUCUUACUACUGGUACAAUAGCACCAGCUGCAAUCAGCCCCCUGCCCCCUCCCCAUUAUAGCAGGCCAUGCACUGACCCUUAGUGAGAGACAGUCCCUGCCCCAAAGAGCCGAGGCAGACAAAGGGUGGGAAAGGGAAACUGAGGCACAGGUGCAGACAGUCCCAAGGUGACUUGCCCAAGGUCACCCAGCAGGUGUGGCAGGGCCAAGAAUUGUGCCUAGGCCCCCGCAGUCCCAGGCCCCUGCCCUCCCCACUGGACUAUGUGGCCCCCUUGGGAGAGUGAAGAAUGCAUCUGACUCCUGCACUGCAGUGGGGGAUGCGCCGAGGUUCCUUCUGGUUAAACCUCCCCCAGGCUCCAGUGCAACAGGGGUCACUCGGAGGGCAGCGAUUGCAACACCUGCUGCUCUGGACUCCGCUGGAGCCCGGGUGGGACGAGGCAGUGGGCGCCGGUCAGCCUAUCCCACCCUUGGCGCUCGUGCAGGGCUGGGCGCUAGCUACAAACGUCACACCAGUGCCAGCUAAGGGAGCAUUGGCUGAAGGCUCCUCGCGCGCGCUAAGGCCUGGCUACUUAGGCUGACCUGUGGCAGCCCCUCGGUUUAGCUCUGGGCUCCCAGAGGUCCCGGGGCUGGCGGGUGCAGCAGCUGUGAGCCUGCUCCAGUCCCUGGCAACGUUCCCCUCUCUCCCCUAGGGCUUUCUGGCUGCACUGCUGCUGACUGGCAGCGGGUUCCCGUUGUUGGGCACCCCGAAGCCACGAGCGGCCGGGACUGGCAGCGAGCCCAGGAGGGCGAGGAGCCCGGCUGACUCUGCACUAGGGCUGCACCAUCACCAGCGGCACCAGAGACACGUUGCUAGAAACAGCUGUGCACCUGACGACCCCUCGUACUCGCCAAAGCGCUGCUGCCAGAAGUGCCCGGCAGGGAAGUUUAUGACGGCUCCCUGCACGAGCCGUGGCAACGACACGGCCUGCAAGAGCUGCCCGCCCGGCACCUACCUCUCCUUCCAGAACCUCGAGCGGGAAUGUCGAAAGUGCUCCGAGUGCCAAGCGCAAGCUUCCCAGCUCGUGCUGAAGAACUGCACCGAGACGAGCGACAUCGAGUGCGGCUGUGGGGUCGGCCACUUCAUGCAGUGCACGGACCCUGCCUGCAGAGACUUCACCUGCCAGGAAUGUCGCCGGUGCAAGGGCAGGGCCACCCAGAAGAACUGUUCAGAGAAGGAGGAUGCCCAGUGUGGGAACUGCCAGCCUGGCUUCUACCUGGAGGGCAGCGAGUGCCGAGCGUGUUCCAGCCAGUUCCCCGAGAAGUGCGGCGAAGGGUGCGGCGGGCCAUGUGGUGGCAGCAGCCAAGGCUCUGGGCUGGAGUACAUCCUGCUGGGCCUCAUGGGUCCCCUCUUCCUAGGAGCGCUCGUCAUCUACCACAAGAGGAGGACGAUCAGGAAUGAUUCCCCAGCAGCCGGUGAGGCCGCAGCAGUGAAAGACUCGACGCUGCAGCAGGCCUCAGCGUGUCCGUCUGGCACCGUAGAAAAGCCCCCGGAGUCGCAGGGUUUGCUCCAUCUUCAGGUCACGGAGGCAUCGCAAAUGAACGGCAACGCCUGUUCAGUCAGGCCCCUUGGCAGCCGGGACACCUGGGAGUCGCCCGCGGGGCCCCAGGACACAGCAAGGCCCCUCCCUGGCGUUCUCCCGCAGGGCAGCAGGCUGUACGACAUCAUCAACACGGUGCCCGUGCGGCGCUGGAAGGAGUUCAUGCGGGUGCUGGAGCUGCACGACGGCGAGAUCGAGGUGGUGGAGCUGGAGUUCGCCCACGUCCGGGACCAGCAGUACGAGAUGCUGAAGAGGUGGUACCAGCAGAAGAACGCCACGCUGGAGUCCAUCUUCUCAGCCCUGGAGCGCAUGGAGCUGGCCGGCUGCGCUGAGGAGCUGAGGCAGCGGUUGCAGAGGUGCCCGUGAGCCUGACGCUGCUAGCCAGGGCUGGCUUCCCUGGCUGCCCUCCACGGGCUCUGACUUGGGAUGGGAAGGAGAAGGCCUCUCCCGGGCCAGCGGAGCCAGCCCUGCUGUCGCUGCGGGCAGGGCCUGCCACGGCCUGGCGCUUGGAGGAGCCCUGUCAGCAGAUCUGGCGGCUGCUGUACAACCAGGACCCUAGUGAGGGAGGGCAGCUCUAUGAACGCCCUGAGCAAUGCUGUGCCCGGGGCCAGCGAAGCCGCACGCCGCUCCUCUGCACAAUGGCGGCACUGGGACGAGAGGGGACACACAGCAGGCGUCACCGCUCCCUCCCCUCGUAAGGAAAGCCUGCAUCUCAGCCCGCGAGGAGCCGGGUGUGCGGAUGGCAGCGGGGGAAGCAAUGCACCCCCGGAGCAACAGACUUGGUGGUGGCAGCAGACCAAGGCAGGCAGAGGGAUGGUCUCAGCAUCAUUGCCGCUGUGCUGCUGCUGAGUCACGCUUCCCUCGCCCGGCCCUCAGCCCCAGCUGGGCUCCAUUUCCAAAUGGGCCUCUCCAGGGGCACAGACACUGCCAGGGCUGGGGGGCAGAACCCCCGCCCCACAGGACGCAGGCCCUGAAGAGCCCUCCCCGGCUGUGCUCCAGGCACCUCUCCACAACCCCAGCUUGCCCUCUGAAGGGGGAAUUGGGGUUCUUGUGGAAAGUCCCCCCCAUCCUGCUGGGUUUACAAAGCAAACCCUGCUCAGCCGGCUCCAGGUGCAGGGCACGGAGCGUCCCCAGCCCUAGCUAGACUGAGCACCCCGGAGCAGCGCAGGGCUGGGGCUGGAGCCCCUGCCGGCAGCUUAGUGCUAACUCUCACAGCUGAGGCUGGUCGUGUGGGCAGCUUCCUAGAUCCCCGUGGCUAAGGAAGGGAGAGUGUCCCCUGGGCCCUGCCACUGAGUCAGGGCAGGACCUUGGGCCAGUCAGCUCACCGCUCUGGCCCCAUUUCCCCGUGCGGGAUGCUGCUAACCUGCGUCAGGCAGCAGGAGCACGCGGAGCCCCGGGGGCGGGAGGCGCUGCCAGCAAAGGGCUGGUUCUAGUGUCAGGUCCAGGCUCCUCCGGAGGAGGGGGGCUCAGGGCCAAGCCAGAUCAGAGUUGAGCUGAGGGGGAUCCUGGAGCCCCAGUGCUGAGCUGGCCUCGUCCUGUGCCCAGCGCUGACUCGACAACACUAGCACCUGAAGCAGAGGGGUGACUCCGCUAGUGCUCCCUCUGGGCUCAGAGUCCCCUGGGGCUCCACACUGCCCGCACCGCGGUCCCUCGCCUGGCCCCAGCCUGCUUAGCAACCCCAGGGAGAUGGCAGCUUGCCCCAUCUGGGAGCUGUUCUAGCGGGCCUCGCUCCAGGGCUCGCCAUGUCUGCUGAAAAAGCACUUUGUGUAGGUGCCUGUGUGGCCAAACUCAGGAAGAAAAGUCUAGCAACCAAAAAUGCUGCCCCCCACCCCGGAAACAACAUGCCUCUGGCACAGAGCCUUAAAGGGAAGGGAGGCUGAGUGGCACGGCCCAGGAGACCUGCCUUGCUAGCUAGCUACAAGAUUCACCCAGCACGUGGGAGCCUUUAAAAGCAGCCUGGCUCCAUUACUGCCACCUGGGGCCUCUGCUGGCCCCAGGUGGGGGCAGGUUUGCCGAUCCCCCGGUGGCCAGCUCAGCUGCGAGUGGCUUAGUCCAGCAGCCCCCUGGGGAGGGCUGGGGCAGCGCAGCUUGGGGGGAUGGGAGCACUGUACCAGUAAGUAUUGUUACUUAUCUUCGGUAGACAUUUUAUGUCAAUUAUUUGUAUUGCUGGUUCUGUCCUGCAGUAGCAGGGGCAGACCCGUUCUGUUCUUGUGUUGCAACGGGACGGGGCCUCUUCGGAGCUGGGGACUGCCCCAGCGAGCUGAGGAGAGGUGGCGGGUUCGUACCUUAUUUAUACCCCAUGUUGCCUUGAGGAAACUGAUCCGAAUCGGUUACGUCACACCCACUGCCGCUGCUGCGUGACCGAAACGGGGGCUCAGCUCUCCUGCGGGGAAGCCCUGCCUGGUUCUCUGCGUGGGGGGGGGGGGGGUGUUUGUGGUGGGGCAGGUCGUGCUGCGCCCCAGCGUCACUGAGCUCAGACCGUUGGUGCCCCAGCUCCUAGUGCUGGGGGCUUCAGUGAUCCCUGUCUCAAUGGACGGAGCGGGAGGAGCAGCCAGCACCUUCCUGAGCAAGUAUCUCUGCUCCAGCUGGGCCUGGGCGCACAGGCGCCUUGCCGCAGGCUGUGGCUGCGUGUGGACGGGGGCUCUGGAACGUGCACGCAAGGAACGGCUGAGCUGUUUCUGGGGUGACUGGGACGGGGGACAGGGCUCUUCCCCUGUCGGUAACUGACAAUAAAUCA